AUGAAGAUUGCCACCCUCGUACUCCUCUGGGCCACUUCUGCCGCCGCCGGCUGGGAAUGCAGGAAUGAGGGCGAGAAGUUCAGGAGCGACAAGGCCGCGGUUACUAAGCAGCAUACUUCAGAAACAAGCUGGACCUACUGCCCUGAGGAUGCUGGCUGCUGCACGGAUGGAAAUGUGUGGUACACCUGCAAAAACACAUGCCCAGGUGGACGGAACUGCGCUAACGGUUGCUAA